UUAAAAAAAAAAAUCUUAAUUUAAAUAAUAUAAUAAAAAUAUGGAUAUUAUAAAUAUAACAGAAGACAGUGGAAUAACUAAAUAAAUUUUACAACCAGGCCACGGAGACGAACAUCCUUAAAAAGGCUAAACCGUUGAAGUUCUUUAUGUCGGAAAACUUUUAGACGGGACCUAAUUUGACUCAAAUACAAACCGAGAAGAUCCUUUUUCUUUUACAAUUGGCGAAGGAUAGGUAAUAAAAGGUUGGGAUUAAGGUGUAGCUUCAAUGAAAAGAGGCGAAAAGGCUUUAUUGACAUGUACAGCUCCUUAUGCUUAUGGAGAAGCAGGAAGUCCACCAUAAAUACCUCCAAAUGCAACAUUAUAAUUCGAGGUGGAAUUGUUAAAUUUCAAAGAUAAGGAAAAGACUAAAUGGGAUUACAGUUUAGAAGAAAGAGCAGAAAUAGGUAAGAAAUAUAAAGAAGAGGGCAAUUAGGCAUUUAAAUAGGGAAAAAUGGAAGAAGCUGUAAAAUUAUAUGAUUAGGGAAUAGAUUAUGUUGAUUUUGGAAAUGAAGUUAACGGAAGCACUGAAUUAAGGAUGACUUUGUAUUUAAAUUAAAGCGCAGUUUUAAUGAAAUAACAAAAAUGGGAAAAAGUGGUGAAAAAUUGUGAUAUUGUAAUAGAAAAAUAGCCAGUAAAUGUCAAAGCACUUUUCAGAAGGGGAAAUGCCCGUUUAAAUUUAGGUGAUUUAGAUUAGGCGAAAGCUGAUUUAACUAAAGCACAUGAUUUAGAUAAGGAAAAUUAGGAAAUUAUUAGUAGUUUAAGGGUUUUGGCUAAUAAAUAGAAGGAACUUGUUUAGAAAUAAAAGAAAAUGUGGGGAGGGCUUUUCGGAUAGAGCUAUUAUGAAGAUGAAAAAUAGGAGUUUUCAGAUAGUUCUAAUCCUAGAGUAUUUUUUGAUGUUCAGAUCGGGGAGGAAAAUCCGGAAAGAAUAGAGUUUGAACUAUUUAAAAAUAUAGUGCCGAAAACUGCCGAAAAUUUCAGGGCGUUAUGUACUGGAGAAAAAGGAGUUGGAAAAUAAGGAAAAUAAUUAAGCUAUAAGGGAAGCAUUUUUCAUAGACUUAUUAAAGAUUUUAUGAUAUAAGGAGGAGAUUUUACUAAUCAAAAUGGAACUGGAGGAGAGUCUAUAUAUGGAGAAAAAUUCAAUGAUGAAAACUUCAAAAUAAAACACACGGCAAGAGGAUAACUUUCUAUGGCUAAUUGUGGACCAAAUACAAAUGGUAGUCAAUUCUUUAUUACUUUUAAAAGUACACCACAUUUAGAUGGAAAACAUAUGGUGUUUGGAUAAGUUUGUAAAGGAUUGGAAGUUUUGGAUAAAUUAGAAAACUAAGAAGUGGAGGGAGAAAAACCCAAAAAAAGUAUUAAGAUUAUAGAUUGUGGGUAGAUAUGAUAAUAUUUAAUCUAUCUAUAGAUAUUAUAUCUAUAAAUAUAUAUAUAUAUAUAUAUAUAUAUAUAUAUAUAUAUAUAUUCAUUUUUAUAUAUAUAUAUUAUAUUUAUUAAUAUAAAAUUAAAAUAAAUAUAAAAUAAUAAUUUUGUUUUUAAUUCAAUAUAUUUUAUUUAUUAUAUUUUUAUUAGAUAUUAUUAUAUCUAUAUAUUUCAUU